AAAGGUGAGUCACGUGACUUUUGAGUGGGCUGUACCUAUGAGAUCACUGAUAACGCAAGUGUUGUCAGUGUUAAAUCUAAAUUUGAUGAUAAGAUUAGAUUUUUAAAUUAUUGUUUUGUUAUUGUGAAUGCCACCGUGGAACGGGUUUAAUUUUGUAAAAGAGUUUUCCUUAAAAACUUGAUCCAGAGUAGUGAGCUAUUCAAGUAUGACAUUAAAUGAAGUAGGUACUUUAUAAUAACCAUGUCAGUACUAAUUGUAAUGGCAUGCAUAUGUUUUUGUAUGACAGACCAUCAGCGAUGAAAACACGUUUAAAAAAAAACAAACAUAAAUUAACCAUUAAAUGUUUAAUUACGAAGUGAAUGCGGAAGGUCCGGUGUUUUUAAUCAGUAUAACUUACGUUAAUCGCACGCGCCACUUAGCCUACACAGACAUUAUUUACUUGUAAAAGAUGCAAAUUCUCACAGAUAAGUGAAGACAACAAGUCCUGCAACUCUCAUUUUGCUUAAUCUGCAGCUAAAAUCACAAUAGCGAUGGGUCAGCGUAGCUCUCGUUGCAUAGAGGCAGAAAAAGAUUUUGGGCGUGUACAUUUGCAUCAUGGUACAUCGCCACAGUCUUCCACCAGUUUGGUGGAAGCUCACCCACAUCCAGUUAGUGUUGGAGAGGAGAAUGUGGGUGGGGGAAAGAAGAAAGGGAGGAAGGAGGACACCUCUAAAAAGAAAACGAGGUUCAGGUUGUGGAGGUGGACCUCUUGUUGGAGAGCUGGUCAAAAAUACAGCAGGAAGACCAGCUCAGCUCAGAGAGAGGAAGAGGCUCAAGGCACUGAGGCAGACGCAGUAUCUGGAAUAAUUCCUGGUGUUCAGAGUUUUCUACAGCAAGUCAUUUGUAGUGUAGAGAAUCACAAUCAUCAGGAGCCUUUAAACAAUGAUCCAGUAGUCCUUCCAGCAGCAGAAGAACAUCUUGCUGUUCAUCCUAAUGCUGAUGUUCUCCAAUCUCUAGUAUGCAGCGAUAAUGUCACUCAGACUUCAUUUGACUCUGCAUCAAGUUUGAGUGCUGGCAUCGCCCAGACUCCAGUCCUUCACACCCUGACCAACUGGAGCAUCGAUGCCAGCCUGACUACAGUCUUCACCGCAUCAAAAUGGUGUGCUGAUGUCGCCCAGACUCCAGUUCGCAUCACGUCUGACUGGAGCUUCAAUCCCGGCCUGACUCCAGCAUGGUCCACGUCAGACUGGAGCAUUGACGUCGCAGAGAUUCCAGCACGCAUUGCAUCAAACUGGAGUGUUGGCGUCUCCCAGACUCCAGUAUGCACUGCAUCAGACUGGAGCAUCGAUGCUGGCCUGACUCCAGCAAGAACAUUGUCAAACUGGAGCAUUGAAAUCACCCAAACUCCACCACACACCGCGUCAGACUGGAACAUUGACAUCACCCAGACUCCAGCACACACAGCGUCGGACUGUGGCACUAACAUCACCCAGACUCCAGUUCGCACCACGUCUAACUGGAGCUUUGAUGCUGACCUGACUCCAGCAUGCACCAGGUCAGACCGGAGCACUGAUGUCACCAAGACUCCAACACGCACUGCAUCAGACUGGAGCAUUGAAAUCACCCAGACUCCAGCAUGCACUGUGUCAGACUGGAACAUUGACAUUACCCAGACUCCAAUACUCACCGCGUCAGACUGGAGUGCUGACAUCGCCCAGACUCCAGUCUGUUGCCCCCCUUCCAACUGGAGCAUUGAUGUCGACCAAACUUCAGUUAGUCCCACAGAGGUCUCCAUGUCACCUCUUACAAGACAACUGGAGAAUAACGAAAAGACAACUGUGGUAAUCAAUUCCCAUCACUAUGUGAUCGGCGACAUACUGGGUGAAGGGACCUUUGGAGCUGUGUAUGAGGGGAGUCGACUGCUGGAUGGCUUUAAGGUGGCAGUGAAAAUUGUCACAAAGACGGAGGAUUUGGAAUACAUCAGUAUUCCAUGUCAUUCCAAGCCCCUCCCACUAGAGGUUGCACUGCUCAUCCUCGCAAACAGAGGCCCCAGUGUUCCAGAAAUAAUCCAACUACUGGACUGGCAGGACCAGCAUGACUAUUAUAUUAUGGUACUGGAGCAUCCCUCACCCUGUGAGGACUUGUUUGAUUUUGCGGAACACCACGGAGGCAGCAUUGAUGAAGGCUUAGCUUGUGUCGUCAUGCGGCAGGCAACACAAGCUGCAUACAUGUGUUGCCACCGUGGUGUUUUACACCGCGAUAUUAAACUUGAAAAUCUGCUGAUCAAUAAGGAGUCCCAUGAAGUCAAGCUAAUUGACUUUGGGUGUGGCGAGCUCCUUAAGAAAUCGGCCUACAAGAUAUUUACUGGCACUGAUCAAUACUGCCCCCCGGAGUAUGAGGAGAAGGGCGAGUACAAUGGGAAGCCAGCGACAGUCUGGUCCCUUGGUGUUCUACUGUUUGCACUGGUGUGUGGGGACUAUCCCAAUACUGAUGACCUGCACAUGAUCAAUGCACACAACUACUCCAAAGCUGGCUUGUCAGAAGAAUGCUGCCAUUUGAUUAGUUCUUGUCUCCAGCGAGAGCCAGACCAGCGAAUUCGAUUAAGCAAAAUUCUUCUCCACGACUGGUUCAAGGUCACAGGUGAGAAGAACCUGAAAACAGUAUAAAGAAAAGGACAGGAGUACCUGGAGCGGCUCUCAGUCGUGAGUUCCUGCCUCAGCCGCCCCACUCCCAGCGCUCCCUAUCAUGGCCACCCCAGAGGAUCUUGUCAAGUCAACAAGUCUUUGGUGACAUCUGGUGGACACAGACCAGAAUUACAGACCCUCCCUAGGAGGCGCUGUUUCCUGGUUAUGUUCACCUGAGUACUGCGCUGCUGCCAAACCCUUUCCAGUUACAAGAGAUCACAGCGACAGCUUUUUUCAAUAUAAAAUGUAUAUAAUGAGUUUUGUGAAGUACAUGGUGUGUCCC